AUAAUAUUAUCAUAAUCAAAAAUCCAGUCUUUUCUGUUCAACACCAGGUGUACAAUAUGCCUGCUCCAACAGCUCUAAAAAAACCAGAGACGGUCGCCGAGCCGGUUCUAGAAAAUAUUGCGGAAGACGACGUUCUCAUCGACGCCUUCGCUUCGUUAACCCAGCCAGAAGAUACUGCUGCAGUGGCGCAGACUCCCAGAGAUAUUGAAGGAGAUGGUAUGCGGCUUGACGAGGAAGGGCGACCGAAAUUCAAGCCUGCCGGUGCAGUAAAAGUAUUUAAAAAAGGCGAAAACCGCAAAAUCUCUAUCCCGCCGCACCGCAUGACACCCCUAAAGUCGGCUUGGCCAAAAAUCUACCCACCCCUCGUCGAGCACCUAAAACUCCAAGUCCGCAUGAACCUCAAGGACAAGGCCGUCGAACUCCGUGCCUCGAAAGAAACAAUUGACACUGGAGCCUUGCAGAAGGGUGCUGACUUCAUCCGUGCCUUCGCGCUCGGCUUUGAUACUGAUGACGCAAUUGCGCUGCUGAGGUUGGACGACUUGUACAUCGAGACCUUCGAGGUCAAGGAUGUCAAGACCCUAGUUGGUGAGCACUUGGGAAGAGCGAUUGGUAGAAUUGCGGGCAAAUAUGGGAAGACAAAGUUUGCCAUUGAAAAUACUACAACGACGAGGAUUGUGCUGGCUGAUUCGAAGAUUCAUAUUCUUGGGGGGUUCCAGAAUAUUCGCAUUGCGAGGGAGGCGGUUGUUAGCUUGAUUCUGGGAAGUCCACCGGGCAAGGUAUAUGGCAACCUUAGAACUGUCGCUGCGAGGCAAAAGGAAAGGUUUUAGACAGCGGGAAUUUCAUGGAUAAACAAUCUUUUCUCUCUUUUUCUUCCUGUCGUUUUGCUAUUUGACGCCUCAUACGAUAUUCCGGUCCCCUUAAGGCGUACAGGCUGAUUGUUGAAUUGGGGGGAAUCCAUUUGCAUCUUGUA